GAGCACCAUGCUGCUCCUCGUCCUCGCUGCGCUGCUCGUUGUUCCACAUGUGGCCUGCAGUCCUCUACGGGGGGAACGAGAAGCCGCUCAGAAGGACCCGCUCAUCAAAGUACAGCGUUAUAUGAAGUCCAACCCAGAGACUCUAGAAGAGCUGAUGACGGAGAAGCACGCCGUGCUGGAGGGCGACAUGGUUCUGUCUAGCGACAGGAACGCAGUGAGAACCAGCUGGCCCACGACAGCGAUCCCGUACACCAUCAGCCCAGAGUUGGUCGGUCGGACAGCUGACAUCCUCUCUGCUAUGGCGAUGGUGUCUGAACACACCUGUGUGUCGUUCCCCAAGAGAAGCUCUGAGAGCAGCUACCUGCACUUCAUCAUCAGCAGAGGGUGUGCGUCGUUCGUCGGCUUCGGCGGCGGCGAGCAACCCUUGUUCAUUGGCCCAGAGUGCAUUGUGGGUAACAUCGUCCACGAGAUUCUUCACGCUCUGGGCUUCCACCACGAACACACGCGGAUGGACCGCGACGUGUACAUCAAGGUUCUGUUCAACAACAUCAUGGAGGGGAGGGAGAAGAACUUCCACAAAGUACCAGGCACGACGUUUGACCUCGGCUACGACGUGAACUCCAUCCUUCACUACGGAAGUAGGUUUUUUUCAGCCAACGGUGACCGCACCAUCGUCCCCAACGAGUACGUGCAGAACAUGGGACAGAGGGUGAAGAUGACCGAGGGGGACAUCCAGAAAGUUCGCCGCCUCUACAACUGUGAGUCUCCAAAAGCUGAAGAGGAAAGCGUCGUCAUGAAGGAGACGAUGGAUGAUGCGACGAACGGCACGAGCUCUGAUCAGAGUUCAUCGCUGCAGCAGCUGAAUUCCACCACUAGAGGGCAGAAUAUCACCAGUUAUUAAUAAAGGCAGAAACAUCAAAACUCAUGUGUUAUCUACGUACAUGAGUUACUACGA